AUGCCUUUUCGCGAAAGCUCCUCAGGCUCGUCCUCCGACAGGACCAUAAAGCUGUUCGGCUUCGAACUCAUCACCGGUAACCGUUCGCCGGAAAUCACGACGGCGGAUAGCGUGAGCUCGUCCACGAACAACACAACGUCGUUUAUAGUGAAAAGACUCGAGUGCCAAUACUGUGGCAAAGAGUUUGCAAAUUCUCAAGCCUUAGGAGGUCACCAAAACGCUCACAAGACGGAGAGGCUAAAGAAGAAGAGGCUUCAGCUUCAAGCACGACGAGCCAGCAUCGGCUAUUAUCUCACCAGCCACCAACAACCAAUAACGACGUCGUUUCAGAGACCAUACAAAACGCCGUCGUAUUGUGCGUUUUCUUCCAUGCACGUGAAUAAUAAUCAGUUGGGUGUGUACAACGAGGACUGGUCGUCUAUGUCGUCGCAGAUUAGCUUCGGAAAUAAAGACACGUGUCAAGAUCUUAAUGAACAAAGUGGUCAUGAGAUGGGUAAUAUGUACGGUGUACGACAAAACAUGAUUCACUUCCAGAGAGAUCUGUCUUCUCGUUCGUCAGGUUCGAAGAGAAGCAUUAAGUCGUUGGAUCUUCAUCUUGGGUUUGCCGGAGAUAUAUGA